CGAUCAGAUAGUGUUUCGAGUUCUCGUACAAGGAACAAACUUCACUGAUAUUCUAUUCUUUGACAAAUCUCGAGAAAAAAGGAAUACCCUUUCAAAAUUCAAACGCCACACAAUGUCGAUGCAUCAACUUCCUUCCGAAAUGCUUAGAUCAGUUUUUCAAAAUGUCAAUUCUCAAGACAUUCCGAAGCUUCGAAGUGUGUGCCAAAUGUUCAACAGUGUCAUCAAAGAGAACUACUGCUACCUGCCACGAGUUGCAUACCUUGUCAAAAUCUACUCGGUGAACGGAGAAAUUAUGAUCGCGAACAUGAAGUCCGGAGAUAUCAACGGAAGCACACAGAAUCUGUUUGAUUUCGAUUUCAAUCACUGGAGGGAAAUCGGAAUUGUUGAGCUGGAGUUUGAGAUCAUCAAUGAGUGUGAUUCCAUAAAAGUAGCAAAAGCGUUCACAUUGAUUCUACGUGAAAUGAUCAGAACUAGACAGUCACAAUUAAGAAAAAUGGUUUUCACAAAUGUCCGAUUAUCUGCCGAUGUAGCCACAGAAGUCAAGCAACUUUUUGACAUUGCGCUCUACCAAUGCGAGAAUGUAACUGUGGAAAACUCGAAUCUCCCAAUCUCCUUCCACUCAGACAGUUUGAAAUCUGCAAAGUUCGAUCACUUCCGCUGGAUUUCCUCUACUGGAUCAAAAACUCUUCCCUCUGAUAUUAUCCUCCGAAAGCUGCAAAAUGACAUGAAAAAUGCAGUCAACAAGCGUUCGUUUUUGGCUGAAAUGGACUCUGUCAGUGUUGAAGCUGCUUGCGAUUUUGUUGAGGAAUGGCUUCGUUUGCCCGUUGCGUCAUUCUUCAAUCUGUCGUUCCACAAUUGCGAUGAGACCUGGAAAACACGAUUCUUGGAGGAAUGUGAACGGCGCCAUUUGACACAUAACUAUAUGGAAUUUCAGUCGAGAACGCACACGAAUUCACACGUGAAAAUCAGCUUCUCACAGGACGCUAGUACGUGCUGCAUUUGGCCAGUUUUUGACGUCCCUGCUCGCACCACGGGACAAUCAGUUUGUUAUGCCCGUUAUUUCCGUGAUUUCUAGACGGUUAGAAAAAGGAUAUAUCUAGUCAUUCAACAUAAUCAUUUUGUUUUUUUUCUCCUGAAUUUUAUUCACUUUAUUCAUUUUAUCAAUUUUAGUAUUGUAGGCGGGUUCCUUUUAUUCAUUUCUAGUCAGUCAUCAUAUUCACUUUACUAUGGUUUUUUCCUCAUAUAUUACUCAUUUAUUAGAGUUAAACAUAUAAAAAUACAAAAAUAAACGAAUUCAAUGCG